AAAAGAAGCUUUUCUUAAAAGCUACAGAUACACUUUGGUAUUAUUAUGUUUUAUACCAUUACUAAGAACCCAUUUCAAUAGAUCUUACUAUUUAUACUAAGGUAUAUCUAAUGUAAAUACAGUUGUAUCAAAUUGCUUUUACUCUUUUCACAUCCCAGAACUAAAGAGAGGGACUAACCCUGAAAACAUACUACAUUUUUCCUGUUGAAAGUCCUUGCCUUCUUUUUGUUUGAAGGUCCUAGAAGUUUAUGAAAAAAUGGCUAAGAUGUUUGGUAUUUUUGCAUGCUUACUGAUUGUGGCCUUAGACGCGAUAGCUGGGAUUCUUGGAAUCAAAGCAGAAGCAGCUCAAAACCAGGAAAAGCACCUGAGGUUAUGGUUGUUCGAGUGUAAAGAGCCAAGUCAUGAUGCAUUUGUACUAGGUGUAGCUGCAACUUGUCUUCUUGCAAUAGCACAUGUUCUUGCCAAUCUUCUUGGAGGUUGCAGCGUUUGCGCUACUGAUGAUAUUAAGAAAGCACCCCCAAGUAGGCAACUAUCAAUGGCUUGUCUUGUUUUUACUUGGAUCAUAAUGGCAAUAGCAAUGGGACUGCUUGUAAUUGGGACGAUGGCAAACAACAAGUCAAGAGCUUCCUGUGGGUUUUCACAUCAUCACUUCUUCUCUAUUGGUGGAAUUUUGUGUUUUGUCCAUGCCAUCUUUUCCGUUGCAUAUUUUACCACAGCUUCAAUGAUACUCGCCCCUUAGUCCAAUAUUAUCAACUUCUUUUCCCACGGCAAACCCUUUUUUAAGAUUGCAAGUUCUUGAUUUUCUACCUAGUUCA